ACUAACAGUAAUAGUCAGCUCAAAAACAUGUGGGGAGGAAAUUUUCCUUUAGAUGAAAGAGAAAGAAAAGAAAUUAAACGACGUUUACUAUUGGAAGAAGAUAGAAAAAAACGAAUUUUUAAUCCCAAGCAACGUUUAAUAGGAGUUGAUGUUUCAGCUCUUAAGGAACAAGUUCAAGCAAGAAAAGAAAGAGAAAGACAAGAGAAAGAACAAGAUGAGACUGAGGCCCUAGGUAUGAUUUACAAUGAUUGCUUAGCUACUUCCCUUCAGAACUACAAAGAAGAAGAGAUAAAGGAACUCAACAAACAGUUAAAUAGAUUCCGUUUAAUCCAUCAAUGUCCAGAAAGAAGAAAAGAGUUUGACUCUUCUGAUCCCCGACAGAUAACAGAAAAAACCCCAAGUGAUGAUGGCAGCGUUUCAGGAGCUCAAAAGUUUGAAGGAGAAGACCUGCAGUUCGAGGAACGACUCAAACAACAAAGACAAGAAGUUCAAGAUUGGCUUUCUCAACAGAUAAUGGAAAAGAAAUCAGAGUUAGAAAAAGAGAUAAAAGAAAAGGAACUGUGGGAAAUGAAAAUGCUAGAGCUGGAUUACAAGGCCCAAGAGCUGCAACAACUACAAAAAGAAUGCAAAAAGGCCAUGGAAAAAGCUACUAGAGAUUAUAACAUUGCUCUGGCACAAGAACAGACUCAGUUGAGAGACCAAAUAAAACAGAGAGAACAAGAUGAAAAUUACAAAGAAUUGUACAAUUCUUCCUAUGGAGACUUCUUGACAGAAAAUCCUCAAACAGCUAGGAGCUCUUUUGGUCCACACCGUGUCAUUCCUGAUCGCUGGAAAGGCAUGAGUCCAGAGCAGAAAGAAGAGAUUCGGAAAGGUCAGUUGGAGCAAAUAGAAGAAAAAAUGAGGCAAAAAAAUAUAGAAGCUAAUCUCGAAGAAGAUUGGCAACAGAUAUGGUUAGCACAGGGCAAACAUCAACAAUUAUAUGAUUAUAUAGCUCUUCGACAAAAACGAAAAGAAUUGGAGAGCUUGCAGGAAGAAAAUAAACGUCUUGCAGAAGAACAGAAAGUCAGAGAAAAAUAUCAAAAUCAGGUUGUUUACAAGAACACAAUAACAGAUGACUAUUUUUUACAGUUUAAUACAACAUCACGUUGAAGCUACUCAGGAUAAAAAAAUAGCUUGAAAGUAUGUUCAAUAUUUUGUAAUAAGUAAAUAUGUUUUUUUUUUAUUGUUAUAGUAGGCAGCUAAUCAAUGCAAGACAAUAAACUUUUAGAAAGUAGUCAACAGGUGUCACCACUGUGACUAAGUGAGUACAGGACUGGAAGAAAUGAAACACACAGACAUAAAAUAUUAUAAACUUCUCACACUGGUUAUAUUUAUUCUUUAUGUUUACUGCAUUAUCUCUUCUGACUUAGAAUUUUCGUGGAAAGGACAAAACUGAGCAGAAAAUUAUUUAUAGCAAAGGGUGUAUUUACAUUGAAAAAUUUGCUUCAUCCUUCUUCCUGUAAAAAGAUUAAAAGGAUAGGGUUAAGCUAAACAAAAUUUAUUGAAAUAGAAUAAAGGUAGAAAAUAUAUAAUGUUGAUUAAGUUAUUGGAGCAUCACAAAUAUUGGAAAUAAUAAAGGAUAAGAUUAAAUUAGACCAAAUUUAGUGAAAUAUAAAGCUUAGAAACAUAGGAUUGGGUUAAACUAGGUAACAAUUAGUGGAAUGUGUAAAAUCUGUGACAUUCAUUAGUAACAAAAUAAGAUAAUAGCUUAUAAAAGAUGUAAGAAAAGUAAUAACUCUCAGUCCAAUCAAGUUUUAUCAUACUGUUAUACACUUCUAUUUCAAAAAAUUGUAUCUGUUUAUUAAAUAUUUAACGUUUAAUAAA